CAAGAAUUUUUUUUCUCGCUUCAUACGGACCCCCGCCCGCACGGACCCUCCGCUCGCGGGCAACGAGACGGCCCACGCUGUGGCUCGAGCACUUCCAUGCCGAGCCCCGGCGCCCGGCGGCAAUGCCGAAGUCUCGCCCACCGCGAGAGCGAUGUGGGUGUGGACGUUGAGGGAUCGCAUGACCACUUUCAGAGAAAUCACGCAACACUACAGAUUGAACCGAUGCAAAUACCCACCAACGCACGCCAAACCAAACAAGAAACAGGCGGUUGCCUGGCGGCAACUGCAGACACACACUUAUCCGAACCCGGCGUCCCUUCCCCUCAGCUACCCAGACCUUUAUUCAUCCGACGAGUGUAAAACGUGCGGAGAAAGAGCUUCGCUGCAACACAUGCUGUGGGAAUGCACCGUUGGCGAGCAGCAGGAGUCCCCGACGAACGGAGUAGACAUGGCAGUCUCGAACCGCGCGGCGCGAUGGGAGGCGGCCCUGCUCAGCCACGACCUCGCCGAUCAACUGUGCCGUCUGGCACGCUGAGGAAGCCGCCCGUGUCCAAGGACUUGAGGCCGUAACCUAGGCUGGGGUGCUUGUGGCCCCGCCCCGCCCAAAUCGCCGCGGGACCCGGAAGGCGACAGCGUGGCCAGGCCAGCCACCAUAAACGGUCAUACAGAAGCCGAAAAAGUUGGCGGUGUUCUUGCUGGCGAUGGCGGCGACAUCCUGAAAGAUGAGACGUUGGCCAAGUAUGGAGUGGACGUCGAGAAGAAGAGCAAGAGGAAGAUGCCCGCGCCUGACGGUAGGCUCAGCUGGGCGAUGGCCGUGGUCUGCUUCCUCAUCAACAUGCUCUCCUCGGGCUUUGGUCGUUGUCUGGGCCUCUUCUUCAACGCCAUCAUGUCCACGUUCAGAGUACCCCGAGGAGAGGCCUCGCUUCCGCUGUCGGUCUACGGCGGUUUCUUCAACUUCACCGGCCUCAUCUCCGGAGCCCUGAUACAGGCCUUCGGGAUGCGCAAGUCAUCGACCAUCGGAAGUGUCCUAAUCAUCGUUGGGCUCUCCAUCUCCAUAUUCGCCAACGGAACAAUCUUCCUCGCCUUUUCGGCGGGCUUCUUGACAGGUGCCGGCCACGGUAUAAUUCUCAACAGCAUCAUAGUGUGCGUGAGCCAGUACUUCGAGAAGCGGCGAGGCACCGCUCUAGGCCUAAACAUGGCCGGAGCAACGGUGGCAUCUCUCGUGUUCCCCAACCUGUAUGAGUUUCUGAUCGCCGAGUACGGCCUUCGCGGCACGCUCCUCCUCAUGGGCGGUUCGCUCGGAAACGUGCUGGCCCUUUCCAUGCUCCUCAAUCGGCCUCCGUGGGAGAAGGAGGCAGGCGAGAGCGGCCCCGUCCUCCUGGAAACGAACGGAACUUCUCUGAUUCCGUACGACACUCCCGCGAACGGCAGAGUGUCGGUCGUGUGCGGCGGUGCAGAGGAGGACAGGGACAAACUCUACCUCGAAAUUGAGUCGCCGCGUUCGUCGUCUCCGCAAAACAGGAAAGCCACCUUGGUCAGCAUCUCGAACCGUGGAGCCGGAACGUACAGGCGGGGAACCAUCAUCAGUGUCAACGACAGGACGAGCGUGAUGGGAAACCGCAGGGGAACCAUCAUUAGCCUCGGUGGCGAUCAUGCAAAGGCAUCCCGGCGGGGCACCCUCGUGUCCGACCACCCUUCCACCAUGUCCAGGCGAGGAACUCUCACGAGUAGCAUGGGAGACGGCGGAGAGUCGGUCCUCAUGGCUCCUGACUUGAACGAGAAUCGCACCAGGAGGGGCACCAUGCUAAGCGUGGCAGGAUCGCUGUUCGCGAGCAAGCGGAUCGCUAGGGCCUCUACCGCAGUCGACGCCAGGUCGACACGCAGAAGCACAUUGGUGAGCGUGAGCAAUUCGUGCCGCCUCGACUGCUCGUCCUUGCGUGGGGACGCACUCAGAGUCGAACUUCCUGUAGUUCAAGAAGAGCUCUCCAGCUCGCAAUCCGUGCUCAAGAACGCCCUGGAGGUUCUAAGGGCUCCGCGCUUCUAUUUCCACGCUUUGAGCUUCGUUUCGUGGUCUUUCUUCCUCGACUCCUACCUGACGGUGAUGUUUGAUUUCGCCGAAGACAUCGGAGUGCCCCCCUCAGAAUCUGUGCACGCGCUGACAUUGUUCUCGGCCACGGAUACCGUGGGGCGAUUGCUCGUACCUUUUUUGAGCGACUACGGCCUCAUCUCCAACUGCGGCCUGCUCACCAUCGCAUAUUUCACUCUAGGACUACUGCAGCAGCUGGCUCCUUACAUACACGGAAAGAUAGCUUUCUGGGGACUGUCAGCUGCCAUGGGUCUCCCGGCUGGUUACGUCAUGGUUGGAGCUCCUGAGAUUCUCUCUACCGAGAUCGGCACGAAGAACCUUCCCAUUGCCUACGGAUUUAUGACAACGCUCACGGCUAUUGGAGGCUUCGCAAGACCACCAGUCAUCGGUUUUUUCCGCGACAACUACGGCAGCUACGAUGGCCUGUUCCGGCUAAUCGGCGGCAUGCUCACGCUCUCUUUCCUGUUCACGGUGGGCCUCUGGAUCACCGGCCGUUCCAAAUUCAGAGAGCGAAAGGCGACGAUUGUCAUACCGGAAGCCUUUGUCUUCGUGCCGGAGCCGAUGCCGACUCUCAAAGAAGAAGAAGCCGACUUGUGAACUCGCUGUGGAGCUGA